GGUGAAUUGUUACAGUGUCGCCAACAUUUCAGUGCUAUCUAAGGGGUAAAGAAUGUGUUAACAAUGGUUAAACGACGAAGGAUGACGAAUGACAAUGUUAAGUUAAAUGUGAUGUUAUAAAUUCGUAAUAUAUUUAUUAGAAAACAAUUAAAAUGGCCACAGAUGAAAUAGAGUACAAUGCAUACUAUCACACUUUGCAGAAUAAAUUUAGAAGGAAAUAUGAACAAGCUUUAUCUAGAUGCUGGAUGAUUUGUGUUCCAUGCUCCAGAGCAUUACGAGGGCUUAACAUUACAGAGGAAUUUGUAGAACUCCAUAUUCUCAGACCAUCACCUUCGUUUUCAAGCCAUUAUGCUAGCACAGAUGAGGGUAGCAGCCAUAUUUUUGAGUUAAAUGGUGAUUCACUCAUACUACACAAAGCUCCUGUUCAAAUUGCAGAAAAAUAUGCAGUGAAAAUAUUGUCUGUUGAAAGUGGAUAUAACAAGGAAUAUCAGCAAUAUAAGAUUUUGAUCACAGAUAAACCACUGAGUCCAAAAUAUCAAUCACAACCAGUAGAAGAUGAUGGUAUACAACUGAGAAAAAUAAAUUCACUUGCAGAUGCUGUUGGAUUCCUCACUCACUUUCCAGUUCAUAUAGAGGUACUGAUUAAAUUGGGCCCAGAAUUACAGCAGCUCUGUUCUUCAUUGCUGUCUGACUCUCUGCAAGUUGUGAGAGAAAAAGUACAUGAUACAAUGAGCUGCUAUUGGAUGACUCUCCUCAAGACACACCCAUUGGACAGGCAAAGAGAUGCCCACUUCCAGAACUUGCUUAGCAUUUCACUUGAGAACUUCAUUAUGAGCCGCUUACAUGACCUGGUGUUCCAAAUGGUGUGCAACAAGCAUAAUGAAGAUGAUGCACAAAUACUUGGCCUAGUGAAGGAGCUGGCAUCAGCAGGUGUUACUGCAGAUCAGCUAGGAGCACCAGAGGACUUUGCUAUUCCACUUCCAGCAGCUGUGGUUGAGCUGGCAUCUCUAGAUAGCCUAAACUGCCCGGUUGAUAAGCUUUCUUGUCUUCGGACCACCCUUGAUUUAAUUCUUGCUGAAUUGAAAGGAGCUAUAGUUGAUGCACACAGUGUACUUUCAAAAGACAGUCAGAUGCCAACACUGAUGACAGAUGACUUGAUUCCCCUUUUGGUUACAGUCAUUAUACAAGCAAAACCUCUACAUAUGGCAUCCAAUUUGUAUUACAUGGAGAAUUUUCAGUGGACCUUAUCACCAAGUGAUGCCACCAGUUUCAGUCUUGUAACAUUUAAAGCAGCCAUUCAAGAAUUACUGACCCUAAAACCAAAAGAACUGAGACCUCGCAGUGAGAAGGUGCGCAGAGAAUUGCGGCUGGAGGACCUGAUGAAGGUAACAGUUGAAGUAGGACAAAGGUUUGAAAGAAGCGGUGAAAGACGAGAAGAGAUUCCCAUAUCCCCAUUGGAUCGCCAAAUGGAAAGAAUAACUGCAAUGAUAGAAGCUUCCACACAGGAUUUGAAUGAUGAAACUUUACACCUUACUGAAGAUGUAGAUCAAAACAAACAUGUAACUGGGGGAUUUCUGUCAAGCUUGCAGUCUAAUUUAGGAACAUGUUUCACAAAUCAAGAAGAAUAUUGAACAGUCCAUGUGGUGGUGGUGAGACAAGCUACUGUUUCUCCUCUUGGUGUCGGUCUCACACAUUUUCUUACCAUUGAUAGGUGUAUUUAUAUUCACUUGCUUAACACUAAGAGGGGAAACCCUUUACUGUUUACAGCAGACUCUCAGUUAUCCACCUUGCAGACUAACCACAGGACUUAUACAAUCCUUUAGUUGUUAUCUGUAACAGUAAAAUGUAUGGCAAGGCUUGGCAUGGUAAUCAAAGGGUUAAUUGGAGAGGAUGGAAUUUCUUGUUACCUGGAGCAGCAUUUAGACUUGUGCUGGUCCUGUUCUUAGGCACAGAAAUCUGGGACAUUUUAUCUAGGCCACCAGGUUCCCACAAAUUUGGAAAUUUUAGUUCUGCUUAAUUAUUACUCCUUAUAGAUUUCAAAAUUUUAUAUCUGUUUCAUGCUUUUACUGUAAACCUGCUGAAAAUGUAAGAAACUUUCUGUGGGCUUAUGUUUCAUAGUUAUAAAUUUAAAUGGUAAUUGUCAGGAACUGUUGGUAAUUUCAUUUUUGGAUCUGUAGUUGGUAACAUUAACCUAUACUUAUAACGUUAGGUGUGCAGGGGUCAGCAGAAACAUAUUUACUCAUCAAUGGAAAUAGAAAAACUGUGGCUAGUGAGAAAAUGUGUGCUGUAUAUAAACGUUUUUCUUACUGAAAUGUUCAAGUACCUGACAAGUGAAGUUCUUUAUUGCAGAUCCCUACUCAUAUAUACAUACAAUUAAGUCUAUAUAGUGAUUGGAUGUAAAGAGAUGUCAGGAUUUGUCUGCUGAGACUUUUUGCUUUAUGUCUUGUCCAGAAUGUCUGUGAGACCCAGUUGGGGCCUUGAUUGUGAAUUGUCUAUAUCAACAAAGUUUCUAGUAAUGGACAUGCAAUUUGCAACAGUGAGCUGAAGAGCUGUAGAUGAAGUAUGAUUUUAUAUAGGACCAGCUUAUGAUUUUGAAGGAAGAAAAGCACCAGUUUAAAAAAUGUAUACAUUUUAGAACAACAGCUAUGGAGUUCUGAUCUAUACUGUGUUUUUACAGAGAAUAUUUUUAAUGUGGAAAAUGUCACAGCAUUGUGCUGGCCAUCUAAGGAGCAGAACGUUGCUUCUUGGUGUUUUGCAUUGCUAUUGCUUAAAACACCAAGGGCUGUAGAUAAUUUGCUCAUAAGAAAUAUUCCCUGUAUAUUAACUCCUUAAAGACUUACUUCAAAAUGCCAUUGUGGCUGCAUUUAAAUGAUGAAAGGUUCUUGCUGUUACAGUAUGAUUAAAGAAACUAUUAAUUUUAGACAUUCUUCGGUGUAAAUCAAUAAAUAAAAUGAAUCUUCUAUGGUCAAAGAAAGAACACAGAUAGUACCUAAUGAUGGUAAAGUGAAAUACUUGGAUAAUCUAAGUGCAAUUUUAAAACGCUUUGGAGACAUGGUACAGCUGUUUGAAUAGAGUGACUAGCCACAUCUCAGAAACAACUUUAGUUGGGAAAUAUUCCUUCUAGUUAGUUCUAAGCUUCCAAGCAAUUGCAAUAUCCUAACUGUUAAAAGUGAGUUCAGGUAUUGAAGAGGUGGAUUUGAAGCUCCUUAUAUACAAGCAUCAGUGUUACAUCAUCUCAUGUGAACUGUAUU